UUUGCUAAGAAUUAUGUCGACUGUGCAGAAGUGAUGAUGAUCCCAUUUUAGAAAAACUGCAACCAGCGUCACAAACCCAAAGAUAAUCUUGAUGGCGACAGCCUUCUCUCCCAAGAGCGCAUGACAUAAGUCUGUGAAGGCACUCCUACCUUGCACUUUUGAAUCACUCAACCUUUAGGUUCACCUUCGGCCCAUCAAUGUUCCCUUGGAGGGCAUGGGUAGGAGGAGAAAGAGGAGGGGGGGAGCGUGCGUGAAGAAUAACUCGGAAGCCGUGACAGGUGAGCGCUUGCUUCUAGGACGGUGACCGAAGAAAGACGUGAACUGGACAUGGCCGGGUACAAGCCAAAGGUGAUAUCUCUAACCAAGAGCCCAGGUCAAACAUUCGGCUUCUAUUUGAGGAUAGAGCACGAUGAGGAGGGCCACCUGAUCCGCUGCCUUGAGAUGGGAGGCCCGGCCGAGCUGUCCGGCAUGAAAGACGGAGACCGAGUCCUCCGAGUGAACGGCAAAUAUGUCGAUGGGCUUUCCCAUUCUGAGGUGGUGGAGUUGGUGAGAAGCAGCGGCGCGACAGUCAACUUUCACAUACUGGACGAAGCUUCCUACAAGCAGGCCAAGGAGCGGGGAGUAAACCUGGCUGAGCCUCACCACUCGCCGGCAGUCAACGGUGGCGCCCAGCGCGGCCUGAAACCAAGACUCUGCUACCUGGUCAAGUCCGGCUCAGGCUAUGGCUUCUCUCUGCGUUCGGUCAAAGGUGAGCAGGGCGUGUUCGUAUCGGAGGUGACUCCGGGAGGCGUGGCGGACCGAGCCGGCGUCAACACCAACGACCGCCUGGUGGAAGUGAACGGCGAGAAUAUCGAGAGCUACACCCAUGAACAAGUGGUGGACAAGGUCAAGAUGGCGGGCGGGAGCCUCAUGUUCCUGCUGGUGGACGAGGAGACCGACCGCUACUACUGCAGCAUGAACAUGAAGAUCCCCGCUCAGUUCGCCACCACCAAGUGCCUCCCUCACGAGCCGCGCAUCGUCAACUUGACCAAAGCGCCGGGCGGCUACGGCUUCCUGCUCAAGGAGGAGGCCAAGAUGGGAGGACACAUGAUCACGGAUAUAGACAGAGGCAGUCCAGCGGAGAGGGGGGGUCUCAAGGACUUGGACAGGCUGGUGGCUGUGGACGGCCAGCAAAUGGACACAAGCACUCACGAGCAAGUGGUGGACGCCAUCAGGCAGAGCGGCAACAAGUGCUGCUUGCUCGUGGUGGACAAGGACACCGACCUUAUGUAUGCUCAGGCUAAAGUGUCGCCCAUGCUGUUCUGGGAGGAGAAGAAGGACGCUCUCUCUCCGCCUAGUUACUCUGAAGCUAUCACCUUCCCCGCGCCGUUUAAACCACCCACGGCUGCUCAGGAGAGAAAGAAAAAUGAAGAAAUAGAGCUGAAACCUAAGUUGUGUAAGAUGGAGAAGACUCCUGCUGGAUACGGUUUUCAUCUCAACGGCAUCCAGGGUGUGUUUGGACAGCAUAUUAAAGAGGUGGUGAAGGGCGGGGCCGCCGACGUGGCCGGCCUGGUGGAUGACGACAUUGUGGUGGAGGUGAACGGGAAGAACGUGGAGCAGUGCACGCAUGAGGAGGUGGUGGACAUGAUCCGAGGCACGGGGAGCAGGCUGGAGAUGCUGGUGGCCACCAAGAGCGUCUACGACCAGCUCAAGGCUCGAGGGACGCCCGUCACGCGUCAGCUGCUCGGCGAGACGUCGCAAGUGCAAGUCCACAGUGAGGAUCAGGAGACCGCACCGGUUAAAGAGAGGGCCUUGGUGGAGUAUUGUGCUCUACUCAGCGUCACUCUCGUUUCUGUAAGCGGAGACGUUUUGAUCUCGUGUGUGUCUGUGUGCACCCAGGCUAAAGUGUCGCCCAUGCUGUUCUGGGAGGAGAAGAAGGACGCUCUCUCUCCGCCUAGUUACUCUGAAGCUAUCACCUUCCCCGCGCCGUUUAAACCACCCACGGCUGCUCAGGAGAGAAAGAAAAAUGAAGAAAUAGAGCUGAAACCUAAGUUGUGUAAGAUGGAGAAGACUCCUGCUGGAUACGGUUUUCAUCUCAACGGCAUCCAGGGUGUGUUUGGACAGCAUAUUAAAGAGGUGGUGAAGGGCGGGGCCGCCGACGUGGCCGGCCUGGUGGAUGACGACAUUGUGGUGGAGGUGAACGGGAAGAACGUGGAGCAGUGCACGCAUGAGGAGGUGGUGGACAUGAUCCGAGGCACGGGGAGCAGGCUGGAGAUGCUGGUGGCCACCAAGAGCGUCUACGACCAGCUCAAGGCUCGAGGGACGCCCGUCACGCGUCAGCUGCUCGGCGAGACGUCGCAAGUGCAAGUCCACAGUGAGGAUCAGGAGACCGCACCGGUUAAAGAGAGGACCUCAUCGGUGUCUUCAUCUUCAUCUUGUCAGAGUAUGGAUGACAGACUUUGAGAAGCAACAGCAUGCUAAAUGUUCUUAUUUCCAAACAAUCCUCAUCAAUGGCCGAAAAAAAAGAAAUUGGAUCCUUACCGGUACAAAAAUUUGUCACACGUUUACAUUAAACUAUCUUGUAAAGGACCGAUGGAAGACAGGGGCUGCUAAAUCUUGGUGACUUAAAGGCGUACUACAGUUUGACCUGCGGUUUACCAGAUCCCAGUCCUUCUCUCCUGGCCUGCCCCGUUUUAUUGCCGCCCCUCAUACAAGUCUCGUUCUAGGUCUCAUUCUAUUAAUUUUGGGCUUUCUACUAAACAUGGAACCUGGGUAGCUUAGACGUGUUUGUACCUCAGAUGUGUUACUCUACUUUUGUUCCGUUUAUGGGCGUGGGAAAAAAAAAAAGGUUGUCCAAAUGUUGAAAAUUGAGUCUAAGAAAACAAUUGUCCUCCUCCCAAAUGAUGCUGCUUUUAUUGAAUGCUUUAGAAUUAAAUGGUGAAAUAAAAA